GUGGGUUAAAAAAUUUCUUUCUUUUUUUUUUUGCUUUGCUUUGCUUUGGCACAACAACACAAGUAAUGGCAAAUAAUCAGUUACCUGCAGAUUUGGAAGACUUUGUUAGCAAGGAAGUGGCUUCGCUUUGUGAUGCCGAUCCUGCAGUGUUAGCACAGUACAUUAUUGCCCUUAUAGGAAACGAAGAAAGAAAUGACGCACUCAAGGCCAAUCUUCAAAGCCAACUGAACGAAUUCUUUGAUGACCAAACCAUUCCUUUUAUUGACCGUUUGUUUGCCAAGAUAAACAACAGCACAAAGAAAUCAGGCGAAGAACGUUUCAGAGGCGACUAUUCUGAUGAGGAAGAUGACGGUGACCGUAACUUUAAACAUAGACGCCAACGAUCUGAUUCUCGAGAUGAAGAACAUGAACGUAGCUAUAAACGCCGUUCGGACGAUUAUGAGCAUAAUGGCAGUCAUCAUCAUACCAAAUAUCAACGUGGCUCAGGUGCUAGUCCAAACAGUAUACCCGUGUCUGGCUACAACUCACCUUCUUAUGAUGCACGCCGAGGACCUAACCAUCGAACGGUGCGUGGAGGACGUCCUACCACCGGAGGCCGUGGACAAACUCGACCUCAAUGCAGAGAUUAUAACGAAAAGGGAUUCUGUAUGCGAGGUGAUUUAUGUCCUUAUGACCAUGGUAUGGAUCGCAUCAUUGUGGAUGAGGGAGGUGUCCCACCUUUCCCUAAUGUUCCUUUUGCCAAUGCGUCUGUCGCGAUGGGUCGUCCCAAACCUCCUUUCUUUGGUAUGUCAGAUGCCUAUGAUCCUGAACGUUCUGGUCUUGUCCCUGGUCAUGACAUGAACUAUGUUCCCGGCCAUGACGUCCAUGGUGGCAUGGUUCAUCGUGGACGUGGUCGAGGCGGCAGUGGUGGUGUGGGUCGCGGUGGUUAUCAACGCCAUCUUCAUCAAAACAAAAACCCACAAAACACCACACUGGUAGUUGAAAAGAUCCCUGUGGAAAACUGUCAGAUCUCUACUGUCAAUGACUACUUUGCCAAGUUUGGUACGAUCACCAACAUCAGUGUACAGCCUCAAGCUCAAAAAGCCAUCAUUCAAUACAGCACACGCGCAGAAGCUGAAAAGGCCUAUAGCUCUCCUGAUGUUAUUUUCGACAAUCGAUUUGUGAAAGUAUAUUGGUCUAAAGAAGACACACAUGGUGCUGAGUUGCCUGCCACCACACCCACGGCGCCUCCCAAGACAACACCGGCCAUCACUGAACCUGAUCCAGAACUUGUGGCCAAACGUGCUGCUGAAAUUGCUGCUGCUCGAGAAGAAAAGCAAAAGAAACAUCAAGAACACAUGAAGCAUAUUUUAGAACUCCAAAAGAAACGCGAAACUCAAUUACAACAACAGAUUGAUGAACAAAAGCGAUUAUUAGCCAAACUAACAGACAGUGCCAACAUGUCUACUGCUGAAAAAGCCGAACUUCUGAAAGCACUCAAAAAGAUUCAAAGCGACAUUGAUAUUUCUAAACAAGCAGCUGCUCAUGCUGAACAAGAUGCUAAGGAAGCGCCUGCUGAAACAACAGAAGAUCUCAAAAAGAAACUGGCUCGUUUAGAAGCAGAGGCUGCUCAUCUUGGUAUUCAUACAGCGGGUGGUUUCCGUGGUGGUCGUGGAGGAUAUUACGGUAGAGGAAGAGGAAGUUGGCCUCGUAUGCGAGGUGGUAUGACAAGAAUGACAUUGGAUAACAGACCUACCAAGAUUCAUAUCACAAGUAUUCCUGAAGCAUCUACCGAGACAGAAUUGCGUCAACAUUUUGAGCAAUUUGGUCAUGUGACUCUAUUUGAACAAAAAGAAAACGAAGCUGAUGUUCAAUACAGCCAACGUUUUGAAGCUGAAAAGGCCAUGUCUCUUGGUCCUAACUAUCCAAAAGGAUCUCUUGAACUUGCAUGGUCUACAAAUUUAACAGAAUCAAAUCAAACAACAACAGAAGAAUCAUAAAACUAGACAUCACCCUUUCUCUCUUUUGUAAAUAAAAAAAAAUAAUAAAAAAAAA